AGGCACAUUUAAAAUCCUUUAAUUUUCCCAAAAAUCAUCAGUGUGUCUUAUAAUCCAGUGCGCCUUAUAUAUGAGUUUUACCAGUCAGGUUGUAAGCAGCAGUAAAGCCAAUGCACUGAAGUAGCGCAAUAUACAGGAGUUUCAAUAUAUACAUUAGCAUUAGCCACUAACCUUUAAUUCCCUGUUCAGAGGUGCGUAUUAUCGGCCUGUAGCCUGCUGCUAACCCUGGCUAACACUGCUGGAGCAGUAUUAGCAUUACCCGCUUACCUUGCUAGCACUUUCGCAGUUCAGAGGUCUGUUGGGGUAUUCCUUCUCUCAGCUUCGGCAGUACCACUAUGUGGGUAAGAGUAUGAAUUGGUUUGAUGCUCAGAGCUACUGCAGGAGGUGGUUCACUGACCUGGCUACUUUAAACAGCAUAAACGAGGUGAGCAGGGUGUUGAAAGUGAUAGAUCCUGCAUACACUGGCUCUUUCUGGAUUGGACUAAAGAGGGGAACAUACAGCAAGUGGGGCUGGUCUGCAGGAAAUAACACUCUGGCCCAGUACACCAACUGGGAUAAAUCAGAGCCUACAGAAAUUCCCUGUGGGAUGCUAAGCUUGUAUGCUACUGGAUGGACUACUCAUGACUGCACACAUUACCACUAUUUAUUAUGUUUUAAUGCCUUGGCCACCGAUUCAAGCAGAUGGAUCCUUUUACAAACAGAACUAACAUGGAAAGAAGCUCAGACCCUGUGCAGAAAGAACUACACCGACCUGGCCAGCAUCCGCAACGCACAGGAUGAACUGCAGAUCGCUCCAAUUGUGCAAAAUAUGUAUUAUGUUUGGAUUGGCCUGUUUAGUGAUGACUGGGAAUGGUCUGACCUGAGUAAAGCAACGUUCCGUUACUGGGCAGAUUCAGAACCAGGCAGCACUGACAAGUGCGCAGCUGUGGCUGUCAGUGACCUUGGGAGAUGGUACGAUCAAGACUGCUACUUGACACAGAGUUUUGUCUGCUAUGGAGGCGAGUCUUUACUUUUUUGGCUGUAAAAAUUGAUGCAUUAAAGUAAAGUUAAG